AUGGCGCAAGCAGCGCUGGAGAGUCUCCCCCGGCGCGUCUCCUCUGAGAAUGUGGCCGCCGUGAUCGCCGGAUUGAAGGAUUUGUACGCGCGCAAGCUCAAGCCCUUGGAGCGCCUCUACAAGUUCAAUGUUUUCUCCAGCCCUGCUAUGACUGAUAGCGAUUUCGAGGCGAAACCGAUGGUGACACUGCUAGGACAAUAUUCGACUGGAAAGACGACGUUCAUUAGCCACAUUCUCGGAAGAAGCUAUCCUGGAGCUCACAUUGGACCAGAACCGACGACUGAUCGUUUCGUUGCCGUGAUGGGAGGAAGCGUCGACAAAACUGUUCCUGGCAACACGGUGUCCGUUCACGCCAAUACGCCUUUCGGUGGUCUCAAAAGGUUUGGGACAGCGUUUCUGUCGAAAUUCGAGUGUGCUCAAAUGUCACAUCCACUACUGAAUGACGUGACUUUCAUCGAUACGCCUGGAGUGUUGUCAGACACAGAACGCAGCUACGAUUUUCUUGGCGUAACAGAGUGGUUUGCAGCGAAGUCGGAUAUGAUAUUUUUGCUUUUCGAUCCUCACAAACUGGACAUUAGUGACGAACUAAAACGGGUUAUUGAAUCCCUUAGAGGGAACGAUGACAAGAUUCGAGUUCUUCUCAACAAAGUCGAUGGUAUUGACGCUCAACAGCUGAUGAGAGUAUAUGGAGCUCUUAUGUGGUCCCUUGGUAAAGUUGUGAACACGCCAGAAGUAAUGCGAGUAUACAUCGGUUCAUUUUAUGACAACCCGCAGAAGAUCAUUCUAAGCAAAGAUCUCUUUGACCUGGAGAAGAAAGAUCUCUUGAGAGAACUAUCAGAGCUGCCAAAGAGAUCUUGUGAUCGAAGGAUAAGUGAAUUCGUAAAGCGAGCUCAUGCAGCUAAAGUACAUGCAUAUCUCAUCGGGCAUUUGAAGCAACAGAUGCCCAUCCUGUGGGGAAAAGCCGACGCUCAGGAAAGCUUGGUAGUGAACUUGGAAGAUGAAUUUGUGAAGGUGCAAAGUCUUUAUCACUUGCCAAAGGGGGACCUGCCAAACAUUGACACGUUUAGAAGAGUGUUGGCCGUGCACAAUAUUGACAGCUUCCAUCGUCUAAGGCCAUCAAUGAUCCAGUCUGUAGACGAUAUGCUCACUCACGACAUCCCAAAGUUGCUCAGCAACUAUGCUGUUUCUUAAGCUACUUCCCUUGCAAACCAGACUUUCGUUUUGAUAGUGUAAACCAUUGUGGUCCAUACUCUGAAGACCUUAAAUUGUUGUUGCGAGCUCGGUGGAGGAUACACAAACCCACAUCCGAGUCUUAGCAGCAGCCAGCUUC